GUGCGUUUGUGUCAUGUAGCUUAGCACAGGUGCGCAUGUACAUGAAGCCUAAUUAAAGUGUAUUAUUAAGUGUUGUGGGUGAAGUGAUUUCUUUAAUUUGGAUUGUAUAUUGAAGGUCGUACCCUCGGUGAUCGGUGAUCUACCCCCUUGGACACCUACCUCGGUUCCGUGGCGCCUAGGUCCGCUAGGGUAGGGGAGGGGGUAACGCUCUACGCUCGCUACCUCAGUCUGUGGUGAACCACGCGUGCGUGUGAGUCUAGGAUAUGCGCGGUAACUACCCGAUACGUACGUCAGUGUGGUGUGUUGUGGUUUUGUGAUUUACCUGGAUAUUACCAAGAAUUGCAAGAAUUGGAGCUAUACAUUUCUGCAUGUAAUCGAAGUGCUUACAGAAGCUAGGCUUCAAAACAUGAUGCCACACACGGACAGGGCCGCCACGCCUUAGCUCACUAGCACCCUUCAGUUGUAAGGGUGUGGUGAGCGAGCAUGUCCUAGUUAGCUGAGACUAUGCGCAUUGUACCUUCCCAGCCCAUUGUUGCGGUGCUGUUCCUGGCCGCUUGCUUAUUUCCGCGAUUCUCAGAAGUGUACUCGACCAGCCAAUCACAGACUAGGACGCCACGUCACCCUGGCAACAACAAUACAGAACUCAAUCUUGAUUGGUCACAGGAAGGAGAAGAGCUGAUGUCGGUGGAGGCAGGCAGCAGGUGGUUGUCACAUAAAGAGGCUCAGGUGGUGCUGAGGAGGGAGGGAGGAGAGAAGGGUCUCCCAGUAGACUGUUGUCCCUCUACACUGGAGAUGGUGGAGCCUCAAGGAGGAAUUAACCAAGAUGGCUUGUUGGUAGAACUCUUUUCCGAAGCAGAAAACAGGCAAAGGUUUUACGAGCUCUCCUGUCGAGCCGGUGUAGAGGGCAAACCAUGCCGCUUUAUGGAUCGCAGACUCCACAACCAGUCCCGAUGUGUACAGAAGUACUCGUACACGUACGCUAUCGUGAGAGAACCAUCACCUUCUACCCACACCAACCACAGAUUACACCACUUUCCCUCCUUCCCUUCCGGAGGAUCCAACUGGAUGCUGGACUACAUCCGGGUCCGAAGUGGAUGUAGCUGCGAAGUGUCUCCUCGGGUCAAAAGAAGACGGGCGAAAAACAAACGAGGGAAGAACAAACGAACUGAGAUUAGUGAGGAAGAAUGAGUGCAGGACUUGUGUAAGCCUGUCUCUUGUGAGCUUUAAUUCUAACUCUAAUGAACUUUUCUUUUGUGAGGAUAACGAUGUGAAAGUGGUCAGUUCUUCAUCUUCUAAAAGUGCUUACUUCUUGGAAUUUGUGGAACAUCACAGAUUUACUAUUCAUCUUAUGCUGAAAAUGUACAGCUAAGAACCUUUUUUGUGACAAUUUUUUAUUGGUUUCAUUUAACUACAACUGAUACAAUUGCUUCCAAUUGGUAUUUAUUGGUAUGAAUUUCAAUGCCAAAAGAAUAGCAUAAUAAAAAUGUAUGAAUCCAUAGGGACUUUGCAUCUAGGAUCAAGUAUUUUUAUAAAAAAAUUGUAGCUUUUAGUUAAAUUUUGUGGUUGAGACUAACCACAGAAAUAAGAAUAUAUACCGAAAAAUGGCAGAGAAAAUGACAAUGUUCGUCAAAAUGACCUCCAUUGUAUAAGCUGAUCUAAGAAGCAGCAAUUUAUGAUAUUUACUCUUUUGGCUAGUUUCUUUGAUUUUUAAAAUUCUCAAUAUAGUGUCACAGACAUAAAUGACUUACUGUUUUCAGUUUUUUUGUCAUUUCCAUCAAUCAGUUGACUAGUUUGAUAACAAAAUGUUCAAAAGUCAACAACAAAACAAUACUUUGGUUGUAAAACUUUAGUUUCAUUCGAUCGAGUAUUUUCUACAUGUUUCUAGUGUGAACAACAUUUUGUUGGUAAAAUAAAUUUUUUUAAUGUUAGUCACAAAGUGUAUUGUGGUAAUUGAGUGUUGAAGACUGUGAACAUAGAAUGAUGAAUAUGUUAAGCAAAGUAUAUCUAGUCUGAAAAAAGGAAAGAUUAAAUUACUAAACAUCCCCCAGGUCUAAGCCAGGCAGCAAAACAAAUUAUUUUCAUCAUAUUUUAAAUUGUAUAGAACCUCAUUAAUCUGCCUAGUUUUGCUAACAAGAAAAACAAACAAAGCGUUCAAGUAAAUGCUUAUGUUUUUUUAGUUUCAGUUUUUAUUCUACUACAUAAAUACAUAUUUAUAGUAUAUUUACGCUUAUUUAUUUAGAUUUAUAAACUUAAGUGCCAUUUGUAAAUUUCACUACAUUAUUAAAAUAAAAUAUAUAUUAUACAAAGACAUUUUAAUCAGUCAUUUAGUGAACUCAACGUAGUUUUUUAAAUAAAUUUUAUUUGCAAAUAAAAAUGUCUGCUUUCUAUUACUUCAUAAAUAUUUCAAAUUAUUCAAAUCACAUCUACCUCAGAAAUCUAUUGUUUUUACAAAUAUUUUGUUAAGAUAGUGUUAUAAACUGAGGGAUUAUCUUUACUUACAACAAUACCCUAAAAUUUAAAUUUGUAACCAUUGAAGUUAAUAUACAACAAGGUAUCACCGUUUGCCUGCUUAAUGGUGUUUAUUUAUGUUAGACAACAGUUUAGCUGAUUUUGUAGUGACAAAACACUAUCAGUAUUACAAGGUGUUUCGCUGUAUUUUUUUAUGUGCCAUCAUCUAUUUGUGGAAAAACUAUUGUAAUCACAAUAUCAAAAAUAACAAUUUUUAAUAUUUUAUCAAUUGUUAAUAGAAUGUUUAGUAUGUAAAAUAUUUUUUAUAAUAUUUCAAUGUAUGAUUGUUUACUGAUAUUAGUUGCAGUCCUCUUCUGUUACCAAGUAUUUUAUGUAUAUAUUAGAUUAUCCACUAUUUUUUGGCAGAAAGUCAAAUGAAAGCCAAAUGUAAA